AUGCUGAACGGGGAGAACGACGGGGUCUACGUGCCAUGGACACACCUCCAGGAUGGGGAGGCGUGCCUCUUUGAGCUCGCUCAGACGGCGGUGCUGCAUCUAGGAGCCGACGCUGACCGCGUGGCCAACGGGCUGAGCCUCUUCUCCGUCGACGGCCUGCCGAUCUUAACGGCAAACGAGCUGGAUAGACAGCGCGUUGCGCAUGUGCUCCUGGAUGGACAGCUAUGGGUCUGGCCUGGAAUCAAGGUGGGCUACGUGCGCGAGAUCGAGGGGUGCACUGUCACGACCCAGUCGCUGCGCCCGAAGGUGUUCACGGUCGAAGGCUUCUUCACACAGGAGGAAGCGGACGCCAUCAUCGCCGAGGGCAUCGAUCAUCUUUCGCGCUCUCCAGUCGACAGUGUCGACGCAGAAGAUGGCUACCACUCAGACCGAACAAGCUUCACGGCGUUCCUGGACGACAGCCACUUCACGCGAGACUUCCGCGAGCGAUCAGCGCGGAUCGCCCGCCUCCCGUCUCCUGGCUAUACAGAGAGGCUGCAGCUUGUGAGGUACGAAACAGGUCAGUUCUUCCGCAAGCACGAGGACUAUUUUGACUCGAAAGAGUUUGUACCAAGCAAGCACUUGGCUGCUGGCGAGUUCGUGGAAUGGACUCAUUGGGCCUCGUCCAAAAUCGAGGAGCUCCGCCAGGAGCAUGGCGACGAUGUCGUCCCAGUUGAGUUCCUACCUGGUGGUGCAAUAGGUUUCAUGGAAGACGCUCAAGCGACCGACUUCUUCUGGGAGCACGCAGACAUGGCGUGGGGGGAUUGGAUUGACGAGAAUCUUGAACGUGGAGCAGACGACAUCAUGGGCCCAAUUUUGGAGAGCAAGGGCUACAUGCUGCCGUUCAUCGUUGCGUCGUGGGAGAAGCGUGUGGGGCUUGCUGCUUUGGUGUACUCUUUCCCAAAGUUGCUUGUUAGUGGCGUCACGCAUUACUUUCGAUGGAUACGCUGGGCGAAGGAACGUGUGCAGACGCUGAUGGACACAGAUAUCGAAGCUGUUCCGAAGAGUGUGAGACCUGAAGGGCAAGACUAUCCGACGUUUUACAUGAGUUUCCAGAACCGCAUGGCCAACUACCUGCUCGAAGACUACAGUCAAGAGCAACUUGUCGAGGCGCUUUCCAACGAGUUGUAUACGUGGCUUGUGGAAAACAAAGACAAUAAAGACGUUUUGCUUGAGGUUCUGCGCCAAAGCUCCCGUGGAUUCGACCUAGUUCUGGAGGCUUGGACCAAGCGAGCUGGCGGCCAAUUUGCCUACGAGAAGCCCAAGCACUUGCACCACUUCGAGCCGAAUCGGUUCGCAACACUUUUCUUGUACUUGAACGACUGCCCCGAAGGUGGCGAGACAGUAUUCCCGUAUUCGAAAGAGCGUCUGGUGACUGGGAUCGAGCGUGAAGGGAUGGACGAGUGCUCCGAGGGGCUCGCAGUGCCGCCCGUGAAGCUCACGGCGUCGUUGUUCUACUCGCAGACGCCGAUGAACGACCUGGAUCCGAGUAGUCUUCACGGCGGCUGUCCUCCGGCGAAGGGCAUCAAAUGUACGUUGCCACGCCCUGUGCUUAAUUUCGUGCACUCACCUUUUACUAACGUUAAAUACCAAUUGUCGUACCUCUGUAGAUGGAGCCAAUUCGUUCAUGUGGAAUGCCGACGCCGAUGA